AGACAAGAACACAAGUUAAAAUCUACGACUGAAAGAGCAGUAAAAGAAAGAAAAAACUUUUACAAAUUUUACAGUUGAAUCCAAGUUUAAAACUUUCAGUUCAAAGAACAAACACCCAAGAAAAAAUCUGGAAAAAAAUGAGGUCUAUAAUACCAUUGGGAAUUGCAGUAUGCCCAACCUCUUUAACCAAGAACCAAUUUUCUUCCAGGGUUUCACAUCAUUCUAAUAAUAUCUUCAAAUCAGGAAUAUGCAGAGCCAGUCAAGUGGUUGAUUUAUUCCCUACUAUGUCACCAGAGAUUGUUGUAAGAGAGGCGAGGUUAGAAGAUUGUUGGGAAGUGGCUGAGACUCACUGCACUGCCUUUUUCCCGGGCUACUCAUUCCCUCUAGAUUUUGCAUUGAGGAUUAAUAGGCUGAUUGGAUUGUUAUCAGGAUUCUCGUUACCGCAUGGGUGUCGAAGAACUUGUUUGGUUGCUGUAGUUGGUGGUUCAAGCGAUGAAACAUUCUGCUUAGGAGACGAAGAUCUUAAAAUCGGAGGACUUGGUGGGAAAUUCUGUCUUAACAAAGGAUAUGUUGCUGGGAUUUUGACAUUGGAUACGGUGGCGGAUUUUCUUCCAAGAAGAGGCCCUCUUCUACAGAGAAGGACUGGUAUUGGCUACAUAUCGAAUGUUGCAGUCCGAGAGAAAUACCGUCAGAAGGGAAUAGCUAAGAGACUUGUAGCAAAGGCAGAGGCUCAAGCCAAGAGUUGGGGAUGCCGAGCCAUUGCUUUACAUUGUGAUCUGAACAAUCCUGGAGCUACAAAAUUGUACAAAGGUCAGGGUUUCAAAUGUAUCCAGGUACCGGAAGGAGCUAAUUGGCCCCAACCAAGGGCAUCACCGGAUGUCGAGUUCAGUUUCAUGAUGAAGCUUCUAAGAAACCGAAGAUAACUGUAGGUAACUUUUGGUGCUGUAUAUAUAUAUAUAUAUAUAUUUGUGUAUAACCUGUAAGUAGGGGCAUGUAAAAAUCGAAUCAAAUUGAAUAACUGAACCAACCGAGAGAAUCUGUUCCGUUCAGUUGAAGUUAUAGAAAAUUUUAAUUA